CCGAAUCGAAUCCAGCGACUUGGCCACUUGGCUGCACUCAUCGCCAGUCUCACAGAAACGCUCAAAGCGUUCGGACACCCAAGCCAGGCGGAGUCUCGGCCAAAAUAAGCCAAAUAAGCGAAAGAAAACAAACUUGGAGUGUAACUUUCGUGCUGGAGAAAGGCCUAGACCCCCAGAGCUCAUAAGCAUUUUGCAUUUUGCAAGCCAGUCAGUCACAGUCCAAAAUUGCCACAUUUCACCGACCAUCAACCAACGACCAUAAUGCGUUGACAUUGAUUCUGGGCCAUUGUGCAUUGUCAUCGGUGGUUCAGGGCUAUCGGGAUUACCAGUUGUGGACCCAAAACCAGUUGAAGGGCAACGAGACCAGCUGAAAAGCGAGAGAAACUCAGCGCGCCUGCGUGCACGUGCAAAAGUCACUCAAAGUCUUUGAGUAGUUUUUAUUUUUUUUAACUGGGACAAGAACGAGUCUAGUGCUGCUCAAACUGUCGCUGCGCGGAAGUGAUAAAUUGGUCAAGUAAAUGACAUUGCAUAAGCAGCCAAAUAAAAGAAACUUAAAUGCGCUAACUAAACACAAUGAACGAGAAAUGUGUAAGAAAUCAAUGAGUAAAAUUGGCAAACGUUCGAGCUAUGUGAAAAUAAUAAUAACAACACGGUCGAGCCGAUAACACAAAAGCCACGCUUUGUUCGUGAAUCGUGGGUAAAAACCAAACGGCCAAACAACCAAGCGAACCAAUAAAUAAACACUAACCAAGACAGGCCAAAAAAUAACCAAAAAAAAAAGAGAAGCAAAUAUUUAAAAGAAAAUCAUAGUGGGCAAAAAUCGAAAAAUGUCCAAACAGUUGAAAAUAAAUUCACUUUCGUUGCUGCACUGCCUGGCAGCGCUGCUUUGUGCGGCAGCGCUGCAGCCACAACAACCACAGCAAAUAUUGCAGCAGCAACAGCAAUUGCUAGUACAGCAACAGCAGCAACAGCCGGCAGCAAGUGUUGCAGCGACUACAGCAGCAACAUCGCCUGCCAGCAGCAACAUCAGACUCUUGAAUGAAACCUCAGAUGGUGUCGCCACCACUUUCAUCGACAACAGUAAUACCCAUAACAUCCAAAACAAUGAAGCUGCAGCUGCCGCCUCCUUCGAUCAGCAGCAGCAGCAGCAACAACAACAACAACCCACGUUGCAAUAUGCACAUAUAUCGCCAUUAGAUAAAGAAGUAGUCGAGCGCUUGAUCAAACAGUGGGCACCGAUCGUCUGGCUGGCGCCGGAGGAGAAAUUCAUGCCGCUGGGUGUGGAGGAGUUUCUGCAGUAUGUCCAUCCCAUGGACAAGGACAGCAGCUUCCGGCCGGGAGUGCCGUUCAGGGAGUACUCCACCAAAUCCCACCUGGUCACAAAUAAUGAGAUCCAGGAACUGCUGGAGAAUGACAAAUCUUUUCUGUACGGAAGGAAUCCCAACGAGAAACCAGUGCCCAUCUAUGGAGUGGUCACCAUGUGUCCUUCUAGGAGGGAAGUCCCGGUAAUGCCCACUCCACCACCCGCAAGCACACGAGCUGCCUACAUUCCCGUCUCCAUUGAUCCGCUCGAGGAACGCAAUGAUACUGUUCGAAGAUCCUCCAGACUGUUUCCCCUGUUCCAGCGUGUUAAACGCGAGGCGGCGAUCCCAAUGGGCGGUCCCAAGUACUCUCCACUCAAUCAGUACGAGGAAUUGGUAUUGGAACCCACCCAGAUGCCUCAAAAAGAAUCCGAUCCAGAAGCGGAGCCGGAAAGUGGGGUGCCAGUAAACAAUUUUAUCGCUAACCUAGCGGAUAAUGUCAAGUUCAGCGGUGGCACCGAUCCCGAUGACAAUUUGGAAGAGAACAGCAUCGGCGAGGCGCCGGAACAGGAGGCAAAUCCUGGGAAGGGCAAGCUACCGGGCUUCCAUGUGACCUACUGGAUGUUCUAUCCCUACAGUCAGGGCAAGACCAUGUGCACCGUGAGCCUGGGUCCACUGGGCAGGAUUCCUUUCCCGGCUGUCUAUGGAUAUUGCCUGGGCAAUCGCAAGGAUAUCGGCAGCCAUGUGGGCGACUGGGAGCACAUGAGCCUGUACUUCAACGGGGAUGCGGAGCCCCAGGCCAUGUAUGUGUCUGCCCACGAUGCGGGUGCCUAUUACAGUUACAAUCGGUUGACGGGAUCCUUUGAGUUCCGCCGCCAGGAGACACGCAAAGGCAUCCUGCAGCGUCCAAACUUUCCCAAAACGGUGACGACAUUCAAGAACCAUCCGGUUCUUUUUGCCGCCAAGGGAUCACAUGGUCUGUGGACAGCACCGGGCAAGCAUCGUUUUGUCAAGGUGGCACGCCUGUAUGAUAUCAAUGGAUUUGGAACACCAUGGAACACUUGGAAGGAUGUGGACAUAAGUUACGAGAACUUGCGGUCUUAUGGUCGUUCACUGGUUCCUGACUGGCUCACGUAUCGGGGAAAGUGGGGCAAUCCCAAAAGUAAUUGCCAUCCUUUCCGGCGGAUCGGUCUGAAUUUCUGUGAGUUUACAGACGGACCCACGGGAAUACCCCUCAAGGAACCCCACUUUCAAUGCGGUGCUGACUAUCGCUGAUGUUUCAGUUGGAUGAAGGCCCCUAGGCUUAGACUAAUGUUUAGUAAAGUAUUUAUUGUGAAACCACCCAAAAAAGAUCCCUUAAUGAUUAAAAACGAACUUGAAGUGUACGAGAA